AUGGGAAGUGCUGCUGCUUCAGCGAAGCGGCUGGCAGGAAGCACAAGUGUGAGGGGCAGCAGGCUGGCAGAUGACCUUGAACUUCAGGAGCUACUCAAAGGGUGGGAACGGCUGGGCGUCAGCUUCUCGGGUGCCAUACUGCAAGCAGAGCACAAAGAGACCGUCAAGGAGUAUGAUAUGAAGAGCGAUUCCUGGACGGCCACAGACACGAUCAUGGGUGAAAACCAGCUGGUCAUCAAGACCACAGGCGAUGGCUUGCUCACGUUGCGGCUGUCAGAAGCUGGAGGGUUCAAGUGGGAGCAUAUUGGCAGUUACAGGAUGGGCAAAGCAUGCUGA